AUGGCUCCCAACAGAAGAGUUAAAGGCCAUCAGAAGAUGCAGAGUCCGGAGAAGGCAGACGAGGAUGUGAAGGUCGCAGAGAGCGGCGUGGAGACACCAAAUCAUAACUCCUCCAUUACCGACAUGGCUACUUCUUUGCCGCGACAAGCACGCCCGACAACCUGCUGUCUUUACUCUCCCGGGAAUAAAACAGUGGCAGUGGAUCUUGAAUUGGUAUAUGCCGAAAGCCGAUCAGUUUCCCCAAACACAAGAUAUGGCUUGCUGAAACGACUUGGCAAAUCACCCCAGUCUCGCCGCCGGCCCCAAAUUUUCCAUACAGCUACACACAUGUUGGGGCUCUCUGUGCCAUCUCGGAUCUUCUCUUCGGGGGUCCAAUCAGUUUACUUUUGA